AUGAACGACACAAUUUCCCUUGCCGAGCCGGCAUCGGAGCUCAAUGGACAUGUUAGUCGUCCUGGGACACAUGAUGUGGAAAGGCCCAAUGCUGCGGACGACAAUGUCACUUGCAGGCUUGUAAGAAGCAAGCUGGAUGAAGAUGUCGGCACAUCCUUUCCCACGUUGCCAUCCGCAAACUACCAACUCCGUGGGAAUUCACGUGUGGCUUCUGACUUUGAAUUCGGACCUCUCUCUCCCUUUCCAAGUUCGACUGUGGUACGGAUUGCAUGGGCAAUUCUCCUUGCUCGCUAUACCGACAACGACGAUGUGGUGUUUGAGACAUCUGACUCAAAUUCUUCAGCCCGAGAGAAGAUUAGUGGCGAUAAUAAUGAGCUACCGGUGCCCUUAUGGGUGCGAGUCAACGAUGAACAAUCCAUAGACCAGUUUAUGCGAGACUUUGAACAACACUUUCAAGUGGCCAUUGAUGAAAAGCGCUCUGAGAAGAAGGAAGUUGGCAACGGGCACAAAAGAUCCAGCUCUGGGCUGACUGAUGGCCCCCUGAACGCAAUCUUCUUCAACGAAUUCGGUUCUCAGACCAAAGUCCCGCGCAAUAAGCGGAUGAAGCACGCCUUGGUCCUGAACUGCAACAUUACUGGCGGCAAUUUACACGUCACUGCCUUUUUCGACGACAACGUGAUAGACAGGAGGCAAACAGGGCGCAUGUUGAACCAAUUAGUCCACAUCAUACGGCAACUGCUCAAUCAUGCGCCAGGGCAAAAGUUGAAGCAGAUCGACAUGAUGUCUCCCCAGGACAAGAACGAAAUCCAGGAAUGGAAUACCGUGGCAUCAAAUGCCGUAGAUGCUUGCGUCCACCAUCUGUUCGAGCAGCAAGCACAGAAAUCUCCAAAUGCAACUGCAGUCCACGCACACGACGGAGAUUUCACCUAUCAGGAGCUUGAUGAUGGCUCGUCUCGCCUGGCUCAUCAUCUUGGCAGACUUGGCGUUGGAAACAAUGCCUUUGUUGCAGUCUGCUUUGAGAAAUCGAAAUGGGCCGUCGUUGCCAUGAUGGCUGUGUUGAAGGCCGGAGCCGCCAUAGUGCCGCUGGAUCAUUCGCAUCCAGUGCUACGAAUGAAGUCUAUAUUAGAGACUUGUGGAGCAAACCUGGUGCUUUGCUCUCUCUCCCAAAGAGCAACACUUGAACAGACCGAGUCCGCCGUCUUGACAGUUGAUGCCGCCUCGUUAGACGCCAUCCCGUCAGCUGCUUCUGCAUCCCCCGAGCCAGAGCCAGUAUCCUCCAGCUCUGCUGCGUUUGUCUUUUUUACCUCUGGCAGCACCGGAAUCCCUAAAGGCAUCAUCAUCAGCCACAUGGCAUACUGUACCAGUGCCAAGUCGCACUCAAAAGCGCUGCGGCUAAAUGAUGGGUCGAGGGUUAUGCAGUUUGCGGCUUAUACCUACGAUGUCAGCGUUGGAGAGAUAUUCACCACACUGCUGUGCGGCGGCUGCAUAUGUGUGCCAUCCAGUCACGAUAGGGUGAACAAUCUGGCGGCGGCAAUCCAGCAGAUGGGCGUCAAUUGGAUGUUUUUAACGCCCUCUGUUGCCGGACUUUUGCAACCCCAGGAUGUGCCCGGCUUGAAGACGCUCGUGCUUGGAGGCGAGCCGGCGACGCGGCAGAAUUUCAUGACCUGGGCCAAUGACGUGUACUUGAUAAACAGCUACGGGCCUGCGGAAUGCUCAAUCUGGACUCAUUGCAAUCCCGGCGUCAGCCGCGACACGCCGACUGGAUACAUUGGCAAAAGCUUCAACGGAAUCAGCUGGAUCACGGACGCGGCGGAUCCUAACAGGCUUGCCCCCAUAGGAGCAGUUGGUGAACUGGUCAUAGAAGGCCCUGUUCUGGCCACGGGGUAUCUGAAUGACCGGGCGAAAACAGACGCCGCUUUCAUAGAGGCUCCGGCCUGGCAUCCCGGCAGUUCUGAGCGCAAGGCGCCCAGAUUGUAUCGCACGGGGGAUCUUGUGCGGUACGACUCACACGGCGCGAUAAUCAUUCUCGGCCGACGCGAUACCCAGGUCAAGUUGCGUGGUCAGCGCGUGGAGCUGGGGGAGAUUGAAUUCCACAUUCAACGGUCUCUGCCAACGGCUGCCGAGGUUGCUGUCGAUGUCAUCAAACACUCGAGCGGCAACCAUUCGGUCCUCAUGGCUUUCAUCUGCGAGAACCCCAAGAACGAGAUAGCACAGCAGCAAGGCGACGAAAUCCUUCCUGCGCCACGGUCACUGCAGGAGGUCUAUCCUGAAGUUGGCCUUCGACUAUCGAGGUUCCUACCAAGGCACAUGAUUCCAUCCGCCUUCGUGCCUGUGGCCGUCAUGCCUCUCACAACAUCUGGGAAAAUUAACCGUAAAAGGCUGAGAGAUCUAGCGACUGGGUUUUCAUUGGAACAGCUCAUCACCGCGCACCCAACGAAAGAGAAAACGCCACCAUCCAGCGAGAUGGAGCUGAAGUUGCAAGCCCUCUGGGGGGAGGUAUUGGAUAUACCAACAGCCCUAAUAGGAGCCGAGGACAGCUUUUUGCGUCUCGGUGGCGACUCGCUUCGGGCAAUGAAGUUGGUUUCUGCUGCAGACGAGAUGGGAAUUCGCCUCUCCGUUGAAGACGUCUUCAAAAACCCAGAGCUCUCUGCUCUUGCACAGAGGAUCUCCAGUGUGCCUCAGAGCAAGAUGGAAGGCAGGAUAAAGCCGUUUGCUCUCAUGAAAGCGAGCUGGGCAGUGGACGAUAUUAAACAGAUGGCUGCCAAGCUCUGCAGGGUUGAUCCAAUGUUGAUCGAAGACGCCUUUCCUGCGACUCCGCUCCAAGAGGGUCUCAUGGCUCUCUCCACUAAACAUCUUGGAUCAUAUGUCUCACAACAGAUACUGAAAUUGAGUGCCAACGUCGAUAUCGACCGGUUCCGCGCGUCGUGGGAUUCAGUCGUAGCUCAGAACCCUAUCUUACGAACUAGGCUGGUACACACGGAAGUUGACGGCACAAUUCAGAUUGUCCUUUGCAAAGUGGCCGAGCUUCAGAUCACAAAAGCUGCUGAGCUGGAGAGCUUUCUCGAGAGCGAUAGACGCACCCCGAUGGACUUUGGAGAUAGCCUAAGUCGCUAUCAACUGGUCAACAAUGAGUCGGCGAAUGAGCAUCAUUUUGUGUGGACGUGCCACCACGCCUUGUAUGACGGCUGGUCGCUGCCAAUGGUAUUUAAGCAUCUCAGAGAUGAAUAUGGGUUCGGCACCAGUGCUUCAUAUCAACCGCCGCAAUUUCAAGGCUUUGUGAGAUAUCUAAAGCAGAUUGACACCGCUGCUCAGCAAGAGUACUGGCGAGCCCAGUUCUCUGGGUCUUCACCGUCAGAUCUCUUCUCGUUAUCGACUGCAUACGAACCCUGUGCGGACAAGACGCUCUCACUGUCGGUACCAAUCUUGCGUCGACUGCGCUCUGAAGCCACAAUGUCAACACUCAUACGGGGUGCAUGGGCUCUAGUAAUCUCAUGCUACACAGACUCGUCAGACGUCAUCUUCGGUUGCGUUCUAAACGGUCGCAACGCCCCUGUCGUGGGCAUAGAUCGGAUGGUAGCCCCAACUGUCGCGACCGUUCCCAUUCGAGUCAAAGUGAACAGCGCCGAUGAUGUCUCGCAAUAUCUUGAGAACCUCCAGAAACAUUCCAACGAAAUGAUCCCAUACGAGCAAACCGGCCUACAGAACAUUAGGCUGGCGUCCCCAGAGGCUCGGGUGGCGACCGACUUCCAGACCCUGCUCGUCGUUGAACAACAACAACAACAACAGCAGGCAGACAUGGAUGGAAACGAUGAGUUUCUGCAAGCGGAGGAUAUCUCUAGAAAUCGCCUCGACUUUACCAGAUUCCCAGUCACUCUUGUCUGUAGCCUGGGGGCAGACGACGUGGCAUUCGACGUCAAAUUUGACUCGAGCCUGAUCCCUGCCGUGCAAAUGCAGCGGGUGAUGAACCACUUCAAACAUGUAUUUGAAGCACUGUGCCGUGGAGAUGCUCGAUUAAACAUUGGAGAUAUCAACAGGCCCAGCCCGGAAGACUUGGCAGAAGUCAUCGGGUGGAACGGGACACUUCCAGACGUGGUCGACUCCUGCAUACAUGAUUGCAUAGAUCAACGCGCAACAGAGUAUCCCAACGCCGUAGCAGUCGACUCUUGGGAUGGCCAGUUGACAUACGAUGAGCUGAGGCUGCAAUCCUCCAGGUUGGCGGAUUAUUUAACAAGCCGCGGAGUUGGCCCUGGCACCAUGAUGCCCCUCAUUUUCGAAAAGAGCGUUUGGGCAGUCAUUGGCAUGAUGGGAGUCUUGAGAGCAGGGGCAGCUUGCGUCCCCCUGGAUCCCUCAUACCCACGAGCGCGCCUCGAACCCAUUUUGGCCCGGCUGAAGACUCGGAUGUUGCUUACUUCGCCUUUGCAUGCGUCGGAUUGCACGAAUCUGCCUCAAGAAGUGCUGGUGUUGGAGAAGAGUCUCCUCGAGCAGCAGGCACCGACAAAGACUAUUGCUGACCGGGCUCAACCGAGUGACGCAGCAUUCGUGCUACAUACCUCUGGCAGCACCGGUAUGCCCAAGGCCAUUGUUCUGGAGCAUAAAGCUCUCUGCACCAGCUUGCAUGCUCAUGGAGCUGUCGAAUGCCUGGGUCGUGACAGUCGUGUAGUACAGUUUGCCGCCUACACUUUCGACGUUAGUAUCAGCGACAUCUUUGCAACACUAAUGUACGGUGGCUGCAUUUGCAUCCCGUCAGAGUUCCAGAGACUCAACGAUCUGGCUGGUUUCAUCCGCAGCAAGCGAGUCAACCAGGCGGGCCUAACGCCAGCUGUGGCAAAUCUAUUAGAUCCUUCAGAGGUGCCCUGCCUCGAGUAUCUGAAGCUGGGGGGAGAGUCAAUGACACAGGACAAUGUAGCGAGAUGGUCCACCAAAGUCAAGCUUCUAAACAGCUACGGCCAGGCAGAAUGUUCUGUCAAGUCGGCCUAUAACGCAUGGCUGGGGCCAGACUCGGAUCCGUCAACAAUUGGGAAGCCCGUUGGAGGAGCCUUGUGGAUUGCCCGCAGGGAUGAUCACCGCCAGCUAGUUCCCAUCGGGGCUAUAGGAGAGUUGAUUGUGGAAGGCCACAUUUUGGCACGAGAAUAUCUUGAAGACGCCCAAAAAACAGAAGAAGCGUUUCCAAGUAGCCCCAGAUGGCUUCAGGAUGCAAAAGGCCGUCGCAGCGACCGAAUUUUUAAAUCCGGCGACUUGGCAAAAUACAAUCCCGAUGGCUCCAUCAGAUACAUUGGCCGGAAAGACACGCAAGUCAAACUGAGAGGCCAGCGCCUUGAGCUUGGAGACGUGGAGCAUCACCUCCAGCAGUGCAUCCCGGCAUCAAGCCUUGCGAGCGAAGAGGUGCAGCUGGCUGUGGAGCUGAUAACUCCUCUUGAUGGGGAGCCAAUGCUUGCAGCUUUCCUGAGCCGAGCAGACGAACUGGCUACCAGAGAACCGGGUUCCUCAGAUGUUAAAGAGAGAGACCAGGAAAGCCAGUGGUUGAAGUUGCAAGUACCGGCAAUCAAAGCAAGGCUGUUGAGUCUGUUACCCAGCUACAUGAUACCCUCCGCUUUUGUGGCUCUGCAGCAGAUGCCUCUUUCGACAUCUGGCAAGAUUGAUCGCAAGAAACUGCAGAAACUUGCGGCCCAAAUGAGUGUAGCAGAGGUUUUGGCUUCAUCUGCCUCUUCGUCUCAGCAAGUCAGGCCACCCGAGACGGAAAUGCAGCGUCGCCUGCACGCUCUCUGGUCAAAGACGCUCAAUAUCCCCCCCGAAAGCUUUGGAGUUGAGGACAGCCUCUUCCAGCUCGGCGGAGACUCCAUUACGGCCAUCAAGCUCGUCACUGCUGCCAGACUCGGGGGAAUGCUUCUCUCUGUACAUGAUAUUUUCAAGCAGCCCCGACUCGCAGACAUGGCCUUGGCGGCACGCGCAGUCCAGGAAAGUGAUUUGGCGGAAAUCCUGCCAUUUGCACUAAUUCAAGGCCAGAGUGUGCUCGGAGUCGAGUACUAUCUGGAAGAAAUUGCUGCUCUAUGCAAUGUCAAGAAAAGCGGCAUCGACGACGUGUACCCAUGCACACCAUUACAAGAGGGUCUCAUGGCCCUCUCUUUGACCGAUCACGGUGCUUACAUCGCGCAGUUGGUGUUUGAGAUGCCCGCCACCCUAGAUAUCGAUCGUUUCCAACGAGCCUGGGAGGCCGUCUUCAGACACCACGCCAUUCUUCGCGCUCGCAUGGUACGCACAAACGAGCUGGGGACGGUGUUGGCCGUCAUGAAGCAAUCUCCUCCUCUCGUCCUGCGAAACAUGGAGCUGGAUGCAUAUCUACAGCAGGAUAAGCAAGUGAUUAUGGAUUACGGCGACGCUCUUGCUUAUUGUGCAAUCAUCAGCAGCCAAAAGACGGGAAACAGAUUCUUUGUCUUGAGAAUACAUCACGUCUUGUAUGACGGGUGGUCUCUGCCCAAGAUAUUCCAAGAUGUGCAAGAUGCAUACGCCGAUGGCAUUCAGGGAAGCGCUGUAGGAUUCAACCAUUUCAUCAAGCACCUCCAAAGCUCCGAACGAUCCUCUUCCGAGCAAUUCUGGGCCGAACAGGUUUCCGAUUCCCCUGCGCAGAGUUUCCCAGUCCUUCCGUCCGUCAACUAUCGCCCGUUCGCGAGCGCAGAGUUUCGACACUAUGUCCCGCUGCCAAAUUAUGGUUCCAAAUCACACUUCACGCUCUCUACCAAGAUCUUUGCUGCUUGGUCCCUUGUGUUUGGGCGAUACUCUGACAUGAACGACGUGAUAUUCGGCACGACUUUUAGCGGCCGAACGUCAUCUCUGGCGGGCAUAGAGAGGAUUGUUGGCCCAACACUGGCCACGGUCCCUUUCAGAGUCUCUUUUCAACAUGACCAAAAUGUUUCAGAUCUUUUGCGCGCAAUACAAAGGCAUAGCAGCGAUGUGAUGCCUCACGCGCAUAUCGGUAUCCAAAACAUCCGAGCACUCAACGCUGAUGGCCGUAGAGCGUGCGAUUUCCAAGUCCUGCUGAAUAUUCAAAGUUCAAAUGAGCCCGGCGCAAAGACCAUACUGGGGCUUCGAGAGUUGAGCGCAGAUUUGGCCAACUUUCAUACGUACGCUGUGAACUUGCUAUUCAACACCUACCCAGAGGGCAUGGAGAUUCAUGUCCAAUUUGACCCCCAAGUCGUGGAUUCGACGCAGAUUGAAAGGAUCACCAAGCAAGUGGAACACGUCAUCCUUCAACUACACGAUGAAUCUGGCAUCGGAAAGGUCGGCGACAUCAGCUUGACAAGUCCCGCCGACAUGCAGCACUUGGAACAGUGGAAUCGUGGCUUGCCUCCCGCGGUGAAAGCUUGCGUCCACCAGCUGAUUGAAGAGCGAGGACGGCUGCACCCCGACAAAGAGGCGGUUGUGGGAUGGGACGGUCGGUUUACAUAUGAGCAGCUUGAUAAGCAAGCACAUAAACUGGCACACCAUCUAGUUGGCCUUGGCAUCAAACCGGACGAUAUGGUGCCAGUCUGCUUCGAAAAGUCCGUUUGGACAAUUGUGGCCAUACUAGGCGUCUUGAAAGCGGGUGCGGCCUUUGUGUCAAUGGACCCCUCGCAUCCCGUGAACAGACUUGAGGCUAUCGUCAACGACGUAGGAGCCACGAUUGUUCUCUCCUCGGACAAGACCCGCUCAAUCUUCUCUGAAUCGAUUCAGGCCAAGAUCGGUGUCGUCGACGCCAAGACAAUGGCCAUGCUUCCCGAAGCGGAUCGAGUCCUGGAGACGGGAGUCAUGCCCUGCAAUGCAGCAUACGUGAUCUUCACAUCAGGAUCGACCGGAAACCCCAAAGGCGCCAUCAUCGAGCACGAAGCAUACUCGUCAAGUGCGGUGGAGUGCGCCAGGGAGCUUCACAUCCAUGGCGAGUCUCGGGUCCUGCAGUUUGCAUCGUACAGUUUUGACGUCAGCAUACAAGAGAUACUGGCUACACUUAUUGUCGGCGGAUGCAUCUGCGUGCCAGACGAGAUUGACAGGCUGAAUGACAUUUCGAGACUGAUCAACGAGCUGAGGGUCACUUGGAUGAAUCCAACCCCGUCCUUUGCGAGGAUGAUCAGCGCCGAGAGCAUUCCCAACGUGGAGACCAUGGUCCUGGGAGGCGAGGCGCCGCGAAGAGACGACAUCGACUACUGGGCCGCCAGGCUGCGGCUGGUGAAUGCCUACGGCCUGAGCGAGUGUUCCGUCACCAACGUCAUCAACGUUGGGUUGAGCGUCGGGGCGGAAUCAAGGAAUAUUGGCCGUGCUGUCGCCUGCGCGACUUGGGUUGUUGAUGCCGACAACCAUGAGCGCCUCGCACCCCUGGGCUCCGUCGGAGAGCUUCUCAUCGAGGGGCAUGUGCUUGCGAGAGAGUACUUGAACAACCCCGAGAAGACAGCGGCGGUGUUUGUUCAAGCCCCCGGCUGGCUGCGGCGUUUUCGACCCGAGGCCACCAGGGUCUACAAAACCGGAGACUUGGUCCGCUACACUGCCGACGGGACCAUCUACUACAUAGGACGCAAGGACAGCCAGGUGAAGCUCCACGGGCAGCGAUUUGAGCUCGGCGAGAUUGAGCACCAUCUUCGCGUCUGCCUGCCUCGCACGGAAGUUGCCGCAGAGAUCAUCACGCCGGUUGGCAGAAGCGUCCCCAUGCUGGUCGGAUUCGUUGUCGUGGGCGGCGAAGGCGAUUCCACAAGCCCAGGUGAACAAGUCGCGUACUCUGCAGCGGGGAGAGAAAGGCUUUCGCUGCUGACCACGGGCCUGAGCUCUCGCCUCGCACAGUCGCUUCCUCUGUACAUGAUCCCGUCGCUGUUCAUCCCCCUCUAUGGCAUGCCGCUCUCGGUGGCAGGAAAGACGGAUCGAAACCGACUGCGGCGUAUCGUCUCCGAGAUGAGUGUCGAGCAGAUAAGCUCCUUUGCGUCAGCCACGGAGGGAAUUCGACAGCCUUCGACCCUUGCCGAGACCACGGUCCGUGACCUCUGGGCGGAUAAUCUGGGCUUGGAUCCGGACUCCAUCGGACUGGACGACAACUACUUCCAGCUAGGAGGAGACUCUAUCAGUGCAAUGCUGUUGGUUGCAACCUCGCAAGCCGAAGGGGUUCAACUCACCGUGGCCACCGUCUUUCAAAAUCCAGUCUUGUCCGAACUGGCACUUUGCGUGCAGCUCACCGACCAGCACCAGCCUGGCAUUGCUGACAUGCUCCCUUUCGAGGCCGUGCCCAAUGUCGAGGACGUCGGCGCCCUUGUUGACGAAGUCGUCAACCGCUACGGGUAUUCAAAGUCCGCAAUAGAGGAUAUAUAUCCCUGCACGCCACUCCAGGAUGGCUUGGUGGCCAUCUCAAUCAAAGAGCCGGGCACUUACCUUGCUCAAGCUGCGCUGUCACUGCCAGAUCUGCUGGACGUGGACCGAUAUCGAGAAGCAUGGGACACUGCAGUCCGGAAUAUGCCCAUUCUCCGCACCCGCAUUGUCGAUACAAGCUCGGGAUUGAUGCAGCUCGUCCUGGACAGCUCGGUUGAGUGGCAGGUUGGCAACAGCCUGCAGGCUUACUUGGAGAGCGACAGAGAAAAGGCCAUGCAGCUGGGGGACCCGCUGAUUCGUUUCGCCAUUGUCAACGAGCCAGACAAGCGUUAUUUCUGCUGGACCGCACAUCAUGCCUUGAUUGACGGAUGGACGGCCCAGCUCAUCCAGGACAAUGUGAAGAGAGCAUAUAUCGGCACGGGCCUGAAACCAACCCUCGGCUUCAACCACUUCAUCAAGCACAUUGGCCAGGUAAACUCUGCCGAGGCAGAAGAGUUUUGGAAAAGGGAGCUGGCAGACUCUCCAUUGCCCAGCUUUCCAGAGCUCCCAUCAGACAACCACCACCCAGUCACCGACGCCGGCCUGACGCAUACAGUCAAGUUCUCGAAAAGGGCGGAUGCGGACAUACCCGUCUCAGCCGUUAUCAAGGGAGCAUGGGCUCUCGUCCUCUCAAAGUACUCCGACUCUGCAGAUGUUGUGUUUGGCCAUACAACCAACGGAAGGGCAGCGCCCAUGCUCGGGGUUGAUCGCCUCGCCGGCCCUACCAUUGCGACAGUGCCUCUCAGAGUCCGCUUUGAUCGUGGCUGGCAGGUGGGUGACUUGUUCAGGGAGAUUCAGCGCCUGUCGGUGUCGGCAAUCCCGUUUGAACAGACGGGUCUGCAGAACAUCAGGAGGAUGGGAGCGGGCGCCCACGCUGCGUGCCAGUUUCAAAACAUGCUCGUCAUACAGAACGCCGUGGAUUCGGGGACUGACGCCGGCAGUGAAUGCAUCUCGUGCAGCGACGACACGGACCAAGCUGUUCUUCAGGGGCUGGAGCCUGUCGAGGUGGUCCAAACCAGAUUCCAUGCCCACGCACUUGUCGUGGAAUGCGGCAUGACUUCUGAUGGCGCAUCGAUCAAGGUGGAGUUCGACUCUACAGUUAUUAGCCAGACUCAGAUGCAUCGAAUCGUCAGGCAGUUUAGCCAUGUGAUUAAACAGUUCUCCGAGUGCAGUCUAGAAGCUAGCCUCGGAGAUGUCGAAAUGCUCAGCCCAGAAGACCAACUCGAAAUCUCCAGUUGGAACGCUGAAAUCCCCGAAACGCUCGACACAUGCUUCCAUCAUCUGCUGGACGGCCGGAUGGAAGAAUAUGCGCAUGCACCGGCGCUGGUCUCGACAACAGAGCGGCUGUCCUACAGAGAGCUCGCCCAGGCAUCCAAUGGGCUUGCACACCGGCUCAUUGAACUUGGCGUCGGCCCCGAAAUGUUUGUGCCUCUAUGCUUUGAAAAGUCAGUAUGGGCCGUCGUUGCCAUGCUGGCUGUGAUGAAGGCGGGAGCGGCUUGGGUGUCCCUGGAUCCAUCCCAUCCCCAGAGUCGGCACAAAUACAUCCUGGAGACGACCUCGGCGCGCAUCGCCUUGUCCUCAGCGACACAUGUUGCUGCAAUGCGGCAUCUGGGGCUGGACGUCACUGUUGUCGACGCGGAUACAUGUAUGCUACUUCUUCAAGACCCGUCGCCCAAUCUGUCGUCACCGGAAACCAGCGUCUCGCCCUCCAAUGCUGCGUACGCAGUCCUCACAUCCGGGUCCACAGGACUCCCCAAGACAAUCGUCGUUGAGCAUUCUGCUCUUAGCACGGUCUCGGCUGCGCUGGGCGCUGCAAUGCUGCUGGAUAAAAGCUCUCGGGUGCUGCAGUUCGCAGCGUAUACUUUCGACAUUAGCUUGGGAGACAUCUUCCCGACGCUUCUGCGUGGAGGCUGCGUAUGUGUUCCCACCGAGCACGAGAGGCUGAAUGGCCUGGCCAACACCAUAAAGUCUCUGGAAGCAACCCAUAUCCAGCUCACUCCCUCGGUUGCAGCCCGGCUUGAGCCGGUUGAUGUCGGCCAGCUCCGAGUCAUGACGAUUGGCGGAGAGGCUGCCACAAAAGCCGUGCUCAACCAGUGGGCCGAGCAUACUCACCUCAUCAACAUGUACGGGCCUGCCGAGUGUACCAUCUGGUGCGCAGGGCAGCCCAAUCUUCAACGCCUGGGCGACCCCGCGAGAAUCGGCCGCGGCGUCGGCGCCGUCACUUGGGUGGUUGAUAGAGAUGAUCACACUAAGCUGGCUCCUAUUGGCACUGUUGGGGAGCUGGUCAUUGAGGGCCCUGGAGUCGCUCGAGGAUAUCUAAAAGACGAAACAAGGACAAAUGCAUCAUUCAUCAAUAAUCCAAAAUGGACCUUGCCUUUGGGAACUAUACGACUUCCGCCGCGGUUCUAUAAGACAGGAGAUCUUGUCAAGUACAUGGCUGAUGGGACACUCAAGUUUAUAGGUCGAAAGGACACUCAAGUGAAGCUUCGAGGGCAGCGAAUCGAGCUUGGAGAGGUUGAAUUCCAGCUCAAGAACUGCUUCACUAGUCCAGUUGACCUAGCCGUUGAAGUUGUCACGCCUGCAGAUUCAAGGGAUUCAGCGCUUCUUGCUGCCUUUAUCGUUAUGGGAGAUAAAGAUAGGGCAGCAGCUGAUGCUAAUGCUGGUGCUGAUGCUGAGAUCAUUGCAAAUUCGGAAGUAUCCAGAAACAAGCUGAAAGAGACCGUGGGAGAAAUAGAGGCAAAGCUACUUGACGUGCUGCCCGGAUACAUGAUCCCUUCGGCUUAUAUUCCGGUAACUAGGCUGCCAUUGUCAACUUCUGCCAAACUGGAUCGUAAAUAUCUGCGAGACUCCGCAUCCAAGCUCAACAAGGAACAGUUAUUUGCAUUCAUGGCCACAGGAAAUGAAAGGGUGGCUCCAAGUACCGAGGCCGAGGUCCAGCUGCAAAAGCUAUGGCACAAAGUGCUUGGCGUUGACAUGGACAAGAUUGGGGCCGGGGAUAGCUUCUUCCGCCUGGGAGGAGAUUCUCUGGAUGCAAUGCGCCUGUCGAGUCUUGCUCAGACCAGCGGCUUUCAACUGACAGUGGGCAACAUCAUUAAAUAUCCCGUUCUUGCUGUCUUGGCUGAAAGGAUGGGGGCUGUAGGACCAGAUGCAGCUGAUGAGAUGGAGCCUUUCUCUCUUCUUUCUGAAUCACAAGGCUUGGACAUGAUUAUGAAAGAUGCAGUUGAGCAAUGUGGAGUUGACAGGAAUGAAAUCGAAGACGUAUACCCCUGCACGCCGCUGCAAGUCGAGUUUUUCAAAAACUCCUUGGCGCACCCGGGUUACUUUUCGAUCCAGUUCGUCUACUCUCUUCCCGACGACAUGGAUCUAGAACGACUAAGUCGAGCAUGGAACAUCGUUGCUGCUUCUCACGCGAUAUUUCGCACACAGGUCAUCGUGUCGUCGUCUUGUUUCUUCCAAGUGGUCACAAAGUCUCCAGGCCCAUGUACCGAUGCGCAAAACCUAGAGUCCUAUCUGAGCCAGGACGCGAAGAAGCCUCUUGGCCUGGGACAGCAGUUGACUCGCUCUGCCAUAGUCAGUCGAGAUGCCAGUGGCAAGCGAUACUGGGUAUGGACCACACACCACGCCACGUACGACGGCUGGUCUCGACAGCUUCUCUUGAGUGAGCUUCAGAGGGCCUACCGCGACACCACGCCGUCAGUAGGAAGAGUGCAGUUUAACAAGUACGUCCGUUACGUGACCCAGGGAGACUGCUCUGAUGCGGACAGUUUCUGGCAUACUCAACUCGCUGGUUCGGCAUCCAAACCCUUCGGACGCUGGCCAGCCUCGUACCAGCCUGCCGCAAACUCAACAUUGCGACACAACAUCAUUGUCAAUGCGGAGAAGACGAGUCUGGACUUUACAGUUGCCACAAUACUGCAGGCAGCGUGGGCAGUGACCGUCGCCAACUAUACACACUCAAACGAAGUGACGCUCAAGCUGACGUUGACGGGCCGCAAUGCACCGAUUGCUGGCAUUGAACAGAUGAUGGCGCCCACGGCAACAAUGGUGCCGCACCGGCUUCGAGUCGGCGAGGCGCAGCACACGCGCAGCUUCCUCCGCGACACCCAAAACUGGUGGGCUGAAGUAUCCCAGUUUGAGCAUCUCGGCUGGGACAGAAUCCGGGGCCUGAGCAGUGACGCCGCGACAGCGUGUGAUGCAGCCAUGCCAAUGGUUAUUCAUCCCCAAGCCAGCAGCAACAGCAACUUGGCCGGGUUGCAGUUCCAUUCCGCGCGCCUGUUCCGCCCAGCGCCUUGCCAGUUUCUAAUGGACUGCUACCUAGAUGACGCCGGCGUGGCCGUUUCCGUCUACUUCGACGACGCUGUCUUUGGUGCGGGAGACAUGCAACAGCUACUUGCUCAGUUUGAUUCUGUGUUCCAUCAGAUGUGCAGAGCAGGGCCAGAACAUAGGCUACAGGAUAUCGUGGUGGGCGAAUUGUAG